CAGCGGGCGCUGCAGCUGGAGCGGUACUCCCGCGGCGCAGUCUAGAGUCGGCCCGGUGGGGGAGAGGGUGCAGGGGGAGCGUGGUGGUCGCAGCCUCGAGCCCCGGAGCGUGCCCUUGCCCUCAGCCGGGCUCGCUCCCCGUCGCUGAGGCGCUUCCAGCAGCUGCGGCUGACAGGGGCCGCGCGGGCGCGGGACUCGGCGGGGUCGCGUCUGCCGCACCUGCGCCGCCUGCCAGCGCCGGGUCCCCCGCCCGGCCAGGCGGGCGACGAGGGCCGGGGAGCCGGUGCGGGCGCAGGCGGGGCCCCUUAGGGCCACCUCCUAGCCCCGCGGCCGCCGCUGGAAGAUGUCUCAGGAGAGGCCCACGUUCUACCGGCAGGAGCUGAACAAGACAAUCUGGGAGGUGCCGGAGCGUUACCAGAACCUGUCCCCGGUGGGCUCCGGUGCCUAUGGCUCCGUGUGUGCUGCCUUUGACACAAAAACUGGGUUACGUGUGGCAGUGAAGAAGCUCUCCAGACCGUUUCAGUCCAUCAUUCAUGCCAAAAGGACCUACAGAGAACUGCGGUUACUUAAACAUAUGAAACAUGAAAAUGUGAUUGGUCUGUUGGAUGUUUUUACACCUGCAAGGUCUCUGGAGGAAUUCAAUGAUGUGUAUCUGGUGACCCAUCUCAUGGGAGCAGAUCUGAACAACAUUGUGAAAUGUCAGAAGCUUACGGAUGACCAUGUUCAGUUCCUUAUCUACCAGAUUCUCCGAGGUCUCAAGUAUAUACAUUCAGCUGACAUAAUUCACAGGGACCUGAAGCCUAGUAAUCUAGCUGUGAAUGAAGACUGUGAGCUGAAGAUCUUGGAUUUUGGACUGGCUCGACAUACAGAUGAUGAAAUGACAGGCUAUGUGGCCACUAGGUGGUACAGGGCUCCUGAGAUCAUGCUGAACUGGAUGCAUUACAACCAGACAGUUGAUAUUUGGUCAGUGGGAUGCAUAAUGGCUGAGCUGUUGACUGGAAGAACGUUGUUUCCUGGUACAGACCAUAUUGAUCAGUUGAAGCUCAUUUUAAGACUCGUUGGAACCCCAGGGGCUGAUCUUUUGAAGAAAAUCUCCUCAGAGUCUGCAAGAAACUACAUUCAGUCUUUGACCCAGAUGCCGAAAAUGAACUUUGCAAAUGUAUUUAUUGGUGCCAAUCCCUUGGGGUACCACUGGGGCACCUGGGUGGCUCCAUCAGUUAAGCGUCCGACUUCAGCUCAAGUCAUGAUCUCACGGUUUGUGAAUUCAAGCCCCACAUCGGGCUCUGGGCUGACAGUGUAGAGCGUGCUUUGGAUCAUCUGUCUCCCUCUCUGCCCCUCCCCUACUUGUGUGUGCACACUCUCUCAAAAAAAAAAAAAACAUUAAAAAAAAAAAAAAAAAGGGAGUUGCUUUAUUCCUUAAAGCUAGGGCUAAUAGAUGCUUUGGUUGGCCCCUAAAAGUGUCAUUGCCUGAGCCUCUAAUUCCCUGAUUCAAGGACUGUGCAGUGGACAGUGAUUUUUAACGGCAGACACAGAAAAAUCAGAUCAGGGCCUUCCUAUGACAGGGAGGGGGCAAUGCUAUGAUAAUAGUAUAAUCAACCUUCUCUCUUUUCUGAAGAUUGUGUUGUGUGUGUUAUAUGUCACAUGUUAUAUGUGCAAGAUUGUGGGAUGUUUUGAAAUCUCUCAGUGGGUCCUCCCUCUCCUUAUGGGUCCCAGCAGCUGCGCUUCCCAUUUAGUUUUAUCCUCCGAGGGCUGAUAAUCACGACUCCCUCUUCAGGUUGUAGUGAAGGCUGAGUGGCUUUACCGUUUUAAGUACUUCUUCCAUAGUGAUUGUUGAGAGUGAUUUCAGUGUUACUGUGAUAAUUCUUACAAUAGCAGAGAUGCUCACCUUUUUUGAAAAGUUGGGCAGUACUGGGUGAGCCUGUGUCAGCCUUGGAGAUCGUAAGUGUGCCAGACCUCAGCUGGGCCACUCUCACAUCCAAAAAUGAGUCCACAGACUCAUCAGGGGUAUACAGAAUUCUGUGCGGUCGGUUGAGGUUUGCAUCUGCCCUGGUACGCUCCCGUUGGCUUUGUAUGAUUUAUUUGAGCUGUAGUAUCCAGUUCAAGGAUCUGUGAGAAGCUCUCUUUGAGUCGUAAAUACGCUAGGAUGUUGGGAAAUCAUGUUGUAUGCUGGUAGCUUUCUUGUCUGUCAUUCUGUUCUGAAUGUAUUUUCAUCCUAUCAGUUCAUGUUUCAGACCUGGCAGUGCUCACUGUUUGACUUCCUCUUAGCCAACUCAAAGAGACUUGUUAACUCACUUUUCUAGAGAAGGGGGGAGGUAUGCGUGUGUCCCAGCAGUUUAUUUAGGUCACAUCCAUCCUUCUCUGGAAUCAUGAAUUUAAAUAUUCUCAAAAGAACUGGAUACCACCUAGCAAUACAGACUGCAGAUGAGUUGAAUGGAGGCUCUGGGCCAUCUGGUGUUCAGCACUGCACUUGUCAGGAUUUAAACAUGCCUCGUAGCUCACUGCCAAACAGUGAUGUCAUACAAAGAGUUUCUUCUUGCAGACAGAACAUGUUGUUACUGACCAUGAACUUGUGCCCAGCAUAUUAACUGAGCAGGAGUACACCAACGAUGUAAAUAGUGACAGCUGUAUUUUGUCAGUCACUGACAUCAUGUUUAACUGGCAUUCUCAAAACAUGAAUUAAAACUUAAAUUGCCCUUUGAUGUGGUGUGUAUAUUUGUAUCUGUCAAGAUCUUAGAGGAAUCUUUUUCUUACCCCAACCUUAUUCCUCAUCAAGGUAUCGGUUAUUAGGACCUGGUACUUUUCACCCUAGGAAACCCAGUCAAAUGCAGUGCGUGACCCUUAACUGGAUCUUGGUUUGAACAAACUAGGUAUAAAAGACAACUUUAGGAUAAUUGGAGAAAUGUUAACAUAAGCUGGAUUUUAGAUGAUAUUUGAGAAUUAUCUGUUUGUCAGAUAUGAUCGUUUUGUGACUAUAUAGAAAGAUGUCUUUAUGCUGAAAUAUUUAGGGGUAAAGUACCAUGCCUAUCAUUUUAUUUUAAAAUGGUCCAGCAGAAAACACAGCUAAAUAGAUAGAUAAUGUUUUCUUGUUUUUUAAACUUUUUAAAAUGUUUAUUUUUGAGAGAGAGAAAGACAGCUUGAACAGGCGAGGGGCAGAGUGAGAGGGAGACACAGAAUCCAAAGCAGGCUCCAGGCUCUAAGCUGUCAGCACCGAGCCUAAUGCGGGGCUUGAACUCACAGACUGCAAGAUUAUGAUCUGAGCUGAAGUCGGAUGCUUAACCGACUGAGUCACCCAGGCGCCCCUAGAUUAUCUUAAUUGUUGGAUAUGGGUGGUGGUGGGCACAUGAGUAUUCACUGUACUAUUGUUUUGUACACUGAAAUUUUUCAUAGUGAAAAUUUUAUUUCCUUUAUCCAAAUACCGUGUCUCGCCCACACACCCAUGUAAAACCCUCAAUUUGUUCAUUGUUUGAAGAUCUGUUUAAUGGAUACUCAUUGCCUUAUGUCAGUAAAUAAACAGUGCAAGCAGACAAAAAAAUAAAAAAACAAAAAUCAGGCUGCUUACCUUUUCCUGAUUACUUUGGUUAUAGGCUUUCAUUUUGACACAGUUUGACUACAGUGGUAGCAGUUUGACAUUGGCGUCCCACAAAAGCUUGUUCAAACAGAAUCUCAGUUAUUUUUAAAAAUUGCUCUUUAGUAAUGUAUUCUUAAAAAGCACGAUACAACACACACACACACACACACACACACACACACAAGAAGAAGAGGGAUAAUGUAUCCUAGAGCAGACAUUUGGGAGGAGAAUUCUUUUGUUUAUUAUGAAGAGUCAAAAUUGUGUGUUUGCUUAAUGAAGCAUAAUUUUUUGCUGUCAUGUUAAAAACUCUUUUUUUUCCUUCCAAUCCA